AUGGCCAUCCCCAAUGCCGCAUUGCAGAAGUUGCUCCAAGAAGUCGAGACUCAAGCCGUGCUUUCCCAGCAAAAAAUCACGCAGACACAGGCAGAACUCAGUGCCAAACGACGAGAUGCCCGACUCAAUCAACUGACGUCCAAUGAGCUGAAAUCCCUGUCCCCAGACACCAACGUCUAUGAAGGGGUCGGGAAAAUGUUCAUCGCUGUCCCUUCGACAACCCUGAAUAAGCGUCUGGCAUCUGAGGCGGCCGCUUUGAGCAAGGAUAUUACGGAGCUGGAGAAGAAAUUGCAUUAUCAAGAGACGACAUACAAAAAUAGUCGACAGCACAUUGAGAAGAUCUUGCAGACUGGUGGUGGUCGAUCGUGA